AUGGACGGGUCUCCUGUCCUGCUCCUCCUGCUCACUCUGGGACUCUGCUGCCCCAGAAUCCAUGGUGAGAUGUAUGAGAUGAAGGUCAGGUUUUGUGAUACCAUCACCCAACUCCAGGUGGGACAGCGGCUGGAACUGGAGUGUCAGACUGACAGUGAUAGAGGAGUAUCCUGGGUCCGCCAGGACAAGAAUGGGACCCUUCACUUCAUUGUCUUCAUCUCUUCCCUGUCCCGAGGGAACACCUUCAAGGGGAAUCAGAGAACAUCCACACGCUUCGAGGCCAGCAAAGACAACACUAUCUAUUGGUUGGUAGUGAAGUCUUUCACACAGCAGGAUGAAGGGAACUAUUUCUGCCUCGUGAACAUCAGCCAAAUGUUGUAUUUCAGCCAUGGCCUGCCUGCCUUCUUCCCAGUCACCACCACAGUGGCACCCAGCACACCAGGACCCACCACCCAGCGUGGCAUCACUGAAAAGGACCCCUGCCUCAAGAUCCUGGAUCCAGAGACAACAAUGCAGGAAGAGCUGAAUUCCUUCUGUCACAUCUUCAUCUGGGCCCCCUUGACAGGCCUCUGCCUCCUGAUCCUCCAGCUCCUGAUGAUCACCAUCAUGCUGUGUCAACGUAAGACUCACCAGAACCCCUCUAGAUCCACCUCUGGCCUGAAACCACAGCCCUGUCCCUCAGGGCCACGGAUGUCCCAGUGAUCCGCUUUGGGAGGCAUCAGAGAAC